ACGGCGGAGCACCGGGAGGAGCAGACCGUAGCGUGGCGUCUCGCGCUUCCCUCGGCGUGCCUUGGUGCGGGCCAGAGCCACGAAGGGGAUGAGGCUGCUCUUGCGCUCCGUCGCGCUGUGGCUCGCCCUGCUCGGCGCCAGCACGGCGACUGCGUCCAAGGCGGUGACCGCCCACUUGACUGCGAAGUGGCCCGAGACCCCGCUGCUGCUGGAGGCCAGUGAAUUUAUGGCAGAAGAAAGUAAUGAAAAGUUUUGGCAAUUUGUGGAAACAGUAAGAGAACUGGCAGUUUAUAAGCAGACAGAAUCAGAUUAUUCCUACUACAACCUAAUCCUGAAGAAAGCCGGACAGUUCUUAGACAACAUACACAUUAAUCUCCUAAAGUUUGCCUUCUCCAUAAGGGCAUACUCUCCAACCAUUCAGAUGUUCCAACAGAUGGCUGCUGGUGAGCCGCCCCCAGAGGGAUGUACUGCAUUUGUGGUUAUACACACGAAGUGCACCUGUAAAGUUAAUGAAAUUAAAAAGCUGCUGAAUAAGGCUGUUUCAAGGCCCAGGCCUUACCUAUUUGAAAGAGAUCAUAAGUUUCCCACAAGCAGCGAGAACUUACCAGUGAUUAUUCUCUAUGCAGAGAUUGGAACAAGAGCAUUUGCUGAGUUUCAUAGCGUACUGUCUAAGAAAUCUAAACAUGGUAAAAUCCUGUAUGUUCUCCGCCACUAUAUUCAGAAACCCAGCUCAAGAAAAAUGUACUUAUCUGGCUAUGGCGUGGAGCUAGCAAUUAAAGAUACGGAAUACAAAGCAUUGGAUGAUACCCAAAUUAAAACUACGACUGAUACUGAUAUAGAAAAUGAGACUGAAGCAGAUGAAGUACAAGGAUUUCUUUUUGGGAAACUGAAAGAAAUAUAUUCAGAUCUUAAAGAUAAUCUGACAAUAUUCCAAAAGUACCUGAUUGAGAGCAGCAAAGAAAUGACUCCUUUGAAGGUCUGGGAAUUACAAGAUCUUAGUUUUCAAGCCGCCUCUCAAAUAGUUUCCACUCCUGUUUAUGAUGCCAUAAAGUUAAUGAAAGACAUCUCACAGAACUUUCCUGUAAAAGCCAGGACUCUCACCAGGAUUGCUGUGAACGAGCUAAUGAGAAAAGAAAUACAGGAAAACCAGAAGGACCUACGAGAUAGAUUUGAAAUUAAGCCAGGUGAUGCUCGUCUGUUUAUAAAUGGCCUUCGUGUUGACACGGAUGUUUAUGAUCCUUUUAGUAUUUUAGAUAUGCUGAAGUCAGAAGGAAAACUGCUGAGUGGCCUUAAAAGUCUUGGGCUCAGUGAAGAAGAGAGGAACAGAUUUUUAAAAGUACAUCCACCUGUGUGGGACCAUGACUUUGUUUUAGACAUCCGGCAUUCUUCAAUAGUGUGGGUUAACGACUUAGAAAACGAUGGAUUGUAUAUUGAUUGGCCUGCAAGUUGUUGGGAAUUUCUAAAGCCAGUAUUACAUGGAGCAGUCCCUUCUGUGAGGCGUAACUUUCAUAAUUUGGUUCUGUUUAUCGAUCCUGCUCAAGAAUAUACCUUGGACUUUAUAAAUUUAGCAGAAUUUUUUUAUUUUAAUGAAAUUCCUCUUCGAAUUGGUUUUGUGUUCAUUCUUAACAUGGAUAAGGAGGUUGAUGGAGCAACAGAUGCUGGCGUUGCUCUUUGGCGAGCUUUCAAUUAUAUUGAAGAAAAAUAUGACGUAUCAGAAGCAUUUAUUUCUAUGACACAUAUGUAUCAAGAAGUAAAGGAUCAUCGCAUACUCACUGUGGAUGAAGUGAGGAGUGUUCUGCAAAGUAGAUGUCCUCAUGCCGACCUUUCGGCUAUCUUGGGAAUCCAUUCCAAGUAUGAUGGAAGAAGAACGGAAGGAGCAAGCUUUUAUAAGAUGACUGGCCUAGGUCCUUUGCCUCAAGCUCUUUAUAACGGUGAGCCCUUUGACCUCAAAGAGAUGAACACUGAAGAACUGAAAGAGGCUGUUGUGGAGAAAAUGAUGGGCACAUUUGUGGAUCUACAAAGAGAUGUUUUUAUGGGCACAAUAACGGAUGAAACCAGUGCAAUUGAUUUCCUGAUGGAUAAGAGCAAUGUUGUAUCCCGGUUAAAUUCUUUGAUUUUGCAGACUGAACCACAGUACCUGAACUUGUUGUCUUCAUCAGUAACUGCUGAUAUUGAAGAUUUCUCUACUUUCUCUUUCUUGGAUUCACAAGAUAAGAGUGCUGUCAUAGCACAGCACAUGCAUUACGUAACUCAAGAAGAUGCUGUAAUAUCUCCAGUCACUCUGUGGAUUAUUGCUGAUUUUGAUGUGCCGUCUGGGAGAAAACUGCUUUUUAAUGCAUUGGAGCACAUGGAAACAAGUUUUCAUAGUCGAUUAGGGAUUGUUUAUAAUCCCACAUCAAAGAUAAAUGAAGAGAGCACAGUCGUUUCUCGAGGAAUUUUGGCAGCUUUCCUUACACAUGAAAACAAGCACUUGAGAAGCUUUCUCAGGAGACUGGCAGAAGAAGAAACUGCUGAAGCGAUUUAUUCUGGAGAUAAAAUUCAAACAUUCCUUGCUGUGGAGAUGGAUAAGAAUGCUUUUGAGAAAAAAUAUAAUACCAUUGGAGUAAAUAUUUUCCGAACUCACCAGUUAUUCUGUCAAGAUGUUCUUAAAUUGCGACCUGGCGAGCCUGGGAUUAUCAGCAAUGGGAAAUUCUUAGGACCUUUAAGCGCCGAGCUCUACCAAGAAGAUUUCCACUUGCUGGAAAAGAUAACGUUCAGUAAUUCAGUGCAGAAAAUCGCAGGCAUUGCUGAAAGUCUGGACAUGACCUCAAGACACAUGAGUGACCUGGUGAUGAAAAUAGAUGGGCUCAUGUCUUCAUUGGCUGUGCGUGCCUCUCGCUAUGAUGUCACAUUACUCAAAGAGAAUCUCAGUGUUAUAAAGAUAAAUCCCCCAGAGAAUGAUACGUUCUUUGAUGUCUUUGCUAUUGUUGAUCCUUUGACAAGAGAAGCUCAGAAGAUGUCACAGUUCCUGGUGGUGCUUGGGAAGAUUGUAAAUGCGAGGAUAAAGCUGUUCAUGAACUGCAGGGGUAAACUCUCAGAAGCCCCGUUAGACAGCUUUUACCGUUUUGUUCUGGAGCCAGAGCUGACAUCAGGGCCUAACAAUCGUCCUUUUCAUGGGCCAAUGGCAAAGUUCCUGGACAUCCCAGAAUCACACCUUCUGACUCUCAACAUGAUCACCCCAGAAGGAUGGCUGGUUGAAACAGUACAUAGCAACUGUGACCUUGAUAAUAUUAACUUAAAAGACACUGAGAGGAGUGUGACAGCAGGGUAUGAACUAGAGUAUCUGCUGCUUGAAGGACAUUGCUUCGACAUGACCACAGAACAGCCCCCACAGGGCCUGCAGUUCACGCUGGGCACAAGAAGCACUCCUGUUGUAGUUGACACAAUAGUGAUGGCCAAUCUUGGAUAUUUUCAAUUAAAAGCAAACCCAGGUGCAUGGAUACUAAAAUUACGUGAAGGAAAAUCAGAAGAUAUUUAUGAAAUAAUUGGGCAUGAAGGAGCAGAACCUGAGACCGACGUAGGCAAUGUCAUUGUCGUGUUAAACACAUUUAAGAGCAAGAUUCUGAAAAUACAGGUAAAGAAAAAGUCAGGUAAAAUUCAAGAAGACGUCCUUGCUGAUAAACAUGAAAAUAAAGGCAUGUGGGAUUCAAUUAAAAGCUUCACAAAAAGUCUGCAUAAAGAUGAAGAAAAGGAAAAUGACAUCCUGAACAUUUUUUCAGUUGCUUCUGGCCAUUUAUAUGAGCGUUUUCUAAGGAUUAUGAUGCUUUCUGUUCUGCGGAACACCAAAACACCAGUGAAGUUCUGGUUUCUGAAGAAUUACCUCUCGCCAACAUUUAAAGAGGUAAUUCCUCACAUGGCUAAGGAAUAUGGAUUCCAGUAUGAGCUUGUGCAGUAUAAGUGGCCCCACUGGCUUCAUCAACAGACUGACAAGCAGCGAAUCAUUUGGGGUUACAAAAUCCUUUUCCUUGAUGUCCUUUUCCCACUGGCUGUGGACAAAGUCAUAUUUGUUGAUGCUGACCAGAUCGUGAGACAUGACCUAAAAGAACUUCGAGAUUUUGAUCUGGGUGGAGCUCCUUAUGGAUAUACUCCGUUUUGCGAUAGCCGCACUGAAAUGGAUGGAUAUCGUUUCUGGAAAACAGGAUACUGGGCAUCACACCUUGUUAAAAGGAAAUACCAUAUCAGUGCCUUGUAUGUGGUGGAUCUUAAGAAGUUCAGGAGAAUCUCAGCAGGUGACAGGCUCCGGGGCCAGUACCAAGCUCUCAGCCAGGAUCCAAACAGUCUCUCAAACCUCGAUCAGGAUCUUCCCAACAACAUGAUUUACCAAGUUGCCAUCAAGUCUCUUCCUCAAGACUGGCUGUGGUGUGAAACCUGGUGUGAUGACGAAUCUAAACAAAGAGCCAAGACAAUCGAUCUGUGCAAUAAUCCCAAAACAAAAGAACCCAAACUAGAAGCUGCUGCAAGGAUCGUCCCAGAAUGGGUCAAGUAUGACACAGAAAUCCGGACACUAUUAGACCAUCUUGAAAAUAAGAAGAAAAGUGCGAUUUCAGUUCAUGAUGAACUAUAGCGCCGGUCCAGAAGAUGAAACGUGAUAAAAAUCUGCCACCUGCUGGAGACCUGUGGAACUGCCAUGACUAGUAGGCCAUUUCAUUCAAGUUGUCAUGAGGUUGACUGCUCAUAAGCUUUAUUUAAAUACAUGGAAAGUUGUAAAUAACCUCAUUUAUGUGAUUGGUGGACUAGUCCUCUUCCCAGCGCUUAAGGUGCCGCUGCUGCUGCUGCUGCUGCUGCUGCUGUUGUUGUUGCUGUUCUCACCAGCUAGUUUGAUGUUGUCAGAUAUCCUUGAAGGUUUUUGAAGGUCCUUGUUGGUUUACUAUUCCAGUUUCAAGUACACCUAUAUCUCCUUACUCAAAAAAUGCAUUUAAAAUUACAGAAAUUUGUACUUUUUAAGAAAAAGAACUCAUAGCUUUCUCUGAAUUAUUUAAAAGCAAGCCCAUUUUAUACUUUAACAAUCAUUAAAUGGAAGUCAUAUUGCACUGUAAUCAUUUAUCUUAAGUCAUAGAUUUUAAUCUUGUGCUAUAUUUAUGUUCUUCUGAAUGUUUGGUAGGCAUAAGCCAUACUGUAUGUUUAUUUAAAAGGACUAGAUAUAUAUUUCACAGAAAUAGGGUAAAGGACGUGAAACUGUGUAUGCCUAUAGAAACUAAGUAAAAGUUUUCCCUGCUGUGUUUAAAUAAAUAGGAAUACUAAAUAUUUUUAAACUA